AUGUUAGACAGUAGUCAGGUCAGUUCACGACAUCCCCCGGGGGACGAGCUACACCCCUACACCAACAACAAUAUACUAAUAAGUUUUGAUAGCAGGGAGACGACUAGGGCGGUAGUGAAGGAGCGCGGCGCGCGCACCGCGGCCACCUUCGGGAGGAUGCGCGUCGCGCUGCCGCUAACUUCGCACCGAGUGGCUGACCUGCUUUCAGAGACACGAUGA